AUGACAGAGCUUCCUUAUCAUCACAGAUUUGGUUUUCGAAAGUUGGCAAUAGUGCUAUUUCAUCAGAUACAUACUCAGUAACGUGGUUGUUCCGUGACCACGUUCGUGAACCACAGCACGUGAUUAUUUGAUUAUUUUUCUACUGUGAUAUAAAUUAAUUUUCUUUCGUAAUCUUUGUGAAAUGACCCUGAAAACACAGUUUUCUUUUAAUCGUUGUAUUGUGAUGCCCACACUGUGUAAGUCAUUGGACCGAUGAUUUGCUGUUCAUUAACGAUAUGUGAGAGAGGUAAGUAAAUAUAUAUACAUAUGUAUAUACGAGAUAGAUUAGAAAACAUAUUCCUACAAUUUACCAAAGAAUAAAAAUCUAAAAUUCAGAAAAUGAAUUGAUUACAAAAUAGCAUAAUAGUAUCUAUGAAAAUUAUUUGUACGUCAUUACAUUUAUUAUAACAUUUAUGUAAUGAUUAAUUAGAUUCACAUAUGUGUAUUUAAUUUCGUGUCAUUUAAUAAUUUAUAAUUUAAUUAAAAAAUAACAUAAUUUAAAAUAUUAGAAUAUAAUUAAAAGUGUUCAAUCAAAAUUAAUUUUAUAUAUAUGUAGUCAGCAAUGAUUGUAUCUAAUCUAGUUAUAUAUAUAUAUAUAUAAACUUUUUCAAAAUAAUUAAAGAAAUAGAAAACAAAUCGAGUGAAAAUAGUUUAAAGAAAAUUCAAUAGGGAUUAAUUAACAAAUAAAGUAAUUAACUAUGUUACAUUGGUUAUUAUUUUUAAAUGCAGUUCAAGAAUAUUGCCUUUUUGUCACAAAUUAUAUAUGAAUAUAAAUCUAACCAUUCAAAACUUCUGAACAAUGCAAUAUACAAGUUGUGAGAUUAUUGUGACAAAACCAUAAUGUAAAUCAAAAAACGAUUAUUAAAAUCGUUCAUAUUGAAACAAUAUUUUUUCCUCUAUCCUUCUUGCAGAAUAUUUGUAAUGUCGAUAAGAAGGAAUUCUACUGCCAGUAAAAACUGUUUCAAUAUCUUUGCAAAUUUUAUAAUGAAUUUUUGGAACCAUAUCAAAGAAUUUUACAUAAUUUUAUCAUCAAUCGAACAGUAGUGUUUUUCGUUAGACCAAUAAUUCCCCAAUUUUUUUCAACUUCAAAUAGAUUAUCAACAAAGGGUACGAGUUUAGUAGUAGUUUGAAAAAACAAUAGAUAAUAAGAACAGUGCUUAUCGAAUCAGAAAAAGAUAUUAUUUCUUCAAGUCAAGGAUAUCAUAAUUGUUUUCGAUUUUAUAAAAUAGCAAUUAAUAGUUGAAGUGUAAAAUGGAUAUAAAUGAAUUUGUAAUGAAUCCUUUUAUGUCAAUGAUAUUUGAUAUUAAUACAUUUUAAUUCAGAUUAGUUGAACGAUGGAAAAUAAUUUCAAUUCAAAUCGGAGACAUGGAAUAUUUGGAAAAGUAUAUUAUCUGUCUGAAUUAAACAGUUAUGCUAUAAACAAUAAGUAGGAAAUAAAUAUUACUAUUGAUAGAAUUAAUUUUUUUUUAUGGAAAAAAAUUUUUUUUUCUUUUAUUGCAAUUUUACAUAAAAUUUGUUUGAAUAAAAAGAUCAUUAUAUAAAUUUCUCUGGGGCAGUAUUUUAUCAGUGCACUGUUCUUAUUAUCUACUGUUUAUUAUCUAGUUAUUAUGUAAUAUUCUGAAAGAGAUAUCAAAUAAUAUUCAUUAUUACAGAGAGUGGGGAAUCAUUGCAACUUGUGCAGUUUUUAAGCGAUAUCAGCAGGAAAAAUGGAUACUACAAAAAAUUCCAAGCGUGAAUAAUAUAAAGCUAUGCAUUGCACAGUGCUAUUCGGAUCAGAACGAAAGUAAAACGAGCGAUAAAAAAUGGAGAAAAUAUUCGAAAUGGAUAGAGCACAUAUCGGUGGAACCAACGAUGUGGCUAUAUAUGAUGGCAUACAUGAUCACUUCCGUCGUGGAACAGGCUUUCUUCGUCUAUAAAGCGUGUCGAGUCGAUCACGGUUAUUCCGAACAGAUUUGCUCAAAUCUGAGCGAUAACGAAACAAUAAAAACAGAAGUACAGGUAACAGUCUCAAGUUUCCAUCAAUGGAAUAACAUGGCAGGCCAUGUAGUACCCAUAAUACUAGCCCUAUUCUUUGGAAACUGGAGUGACAGACGCGGUCGAAAACUGCCAUUAAUUAUUGGACUACUAGGAAAGUUUAUCUACUCUUUUAUGAUUGUGAUUAAUUCCUUGAUUGAUACAUGGAAUCUAAAUACUAUAGUAUAUUCAGCCAGCCUCCCUAUGGGGAUGUUAGGAGGAGAUGUUGCCAUUUUUGGAAGCUGUUUUGCAUACAUAUCAGACAUAUCAUCUGUUAAACAAAGAACCCUAAGGAUUACCAUCUUAGAUGUUGUUUACCUUAGUACUAUGCCCAUUGGUGUGGCUUUGGGUUCUUAUCUCUACACCAAUGUUGUCAAAUCAUCCUACACUAUAAUGUUUACCAUAAAUACCAUUUUGCUAGUUUUAGCCAUUGUGUAUUCAUUGAUAAGGCUAAAGUGGCAAACGUUGUCUCAACAACAGUCGCUAGUAGGCACUAACUUGUUAACUGACUUUUUUGAUAAAAAGCACAUAGUGGCAACCGUCAAAACAAUGACCAAGAGCAGGCCAAAUCAUGGAAAACUUCACCUGUGGCUUUUGCUGAUCAUCAUGAUGUUAUAUACUUUCCAAAGAGAUGAGAAACCUAUGAGUUUCUUGUAUACACAAUUGAAAUUCAAUUGGAAUGUAACCACAUUCAGUAAUUUCAGAACAUUCCAGUCAACUACUUUUGUUGUAGCGAUGCUAAUCGGCGUUCCAAUAAUGAGUAAAUUGAUGGGAAUCCGGGACACUAUAAUAGUAGCUAUUGGUGCAAUUUCUCAUGCUUCCGGAAGAAUAAUAUUCAUCUUAGCCAAAAUAUCGGAAUUAUUCUAUGUUGGAAAAGUAUUUGCCAUGCUAUCAGUCUGUGAUAAUGCAGUACCUUUGUUCAGCGGCGUAUUAUAUUCUCAACUAUACAAUGCAACUAUAAAUUCAGCACCUAACUCAAUCUAUUGGUUGACUUUUGCCACUCAAAUAUCUGUUCUAUUCCUUAUUCUAAUAAUUCAUUUUUCUACAAGAACUCAAACGCAUCUAGAAAACGCAGAAUACAUUGAUAAUGAAGAUGACAAUUUAUCAAUAUCUUCUAUUUUGGAACCAACAAGAAAUAGAUAGACUUUGAAAAAAGAAAAAAAAUUUCUUUCACAUAAAUCUAAUUUUAGUCUUUUAAUUUUUUGGGGCAUACAAUUAAUAGAUUAUUAAUAUUUAUGCUUGCAAAAAAUUUAAAGGUACUAAAGAAAUUUAAAGUUCAAAGUUGUGAGAAGUUGUAAAAAGGAGCAGUUGAAAAUUAGACACAAUAUUUUUAUCUAUUUUGUAUAUUAAAAUCUAUUUCUAUUUUAAAAGUCAAUGUUUAUAUAAAAUAUUAAUCCAAAAUGUUAUUCGGUAGUAAAAAGUGAUUACUAGUAUUGUUAAUAAGAAAAUGCAAGGUAUUUUAUAAUUCUCCUUUUUUAUGUAAUGAAUAAAUUAUGUAUAAUACAACAUUGAUUUUUAUCUACCUGUAUAAUUUAAAAAAUUAUGAUCAGAAAUUAUGAUUAGAAAUUCAAAACUUCCUAUUUUUUGCUGUGUAUUUCCUAUUUCAACUAUUUGCUUCUUUAUAACUUCCUAAUUGUGUUUAAUAAUAAUUAGUGAGUUUUCUUAUCGUGACACAAUAACCAGAUUCAUAAAAAUAAAUUUACAUACAUAUAUCCACAGUUUAAUUAUUAAUAUUGUAUUAUGUGAUAAUAUGGCACGAAUUGUACAUAGUUAGAUUUUAAUACAUAAUGUUGGAAAAUAAAUUUUAAUAAAA